AUGCCGCGACGAAGGAAAGCUGGUGGGAGUCCUGCUCCGAAGAAUGGCAGUUCUGACAGAACUGCUGUUGCUCUAUCCUGGGGUCACCCAAGCCGCUCAGUGUCACAAGCAGCGCAUAGUGUCAGUAAGGAAGAGCUCUUCAACAGCAUGUCAGAAAUGUUUUCUGACCUGGAUCCUAGUGUGGUUUAUAUGGUUCUCUCCGAAUGCGAUUUUAAAGUAGAAAAUGCUAUGGAUUAUCUGCUAGAGCUGUCCACCCAUGCCAAAGGAAUAGCAUCUUCAAAAGCCGUGGGUUUUAAUUCAGCAGCAUCAUCACAAGCCCUUGUUAAUCAGCAAAGAUCUGUUGCAAAUGAAAGAAUGGGGGAAAGUACUGCAGAGCAAAGUAAUUCUGAGGAAGUCCUAUCGCCUGAAGUGCAGCUGACUGAAGAACUGGAUUAUUUAAUAGAAAAUGCCUUUCAGAGACACAGCUUAAGAGAUGAAUUGCCUAAUUCUGCAAAUGACCAAAUAGUACAUGAGCACUCCAUGGAACACGAUGGCUUUUAUGAAUUUCCCGAGUGGGAAAAAACUGAUUUGGGUUGCGAUGUCCUACUUUUUCCACAGCAAGCUGGGACAACUAAUGAGGUUUUAGAAAACUUCUGCUGUUCUCAGCCACCGGUGAGUCAGCUGAGUGUCCAGACAAGCUCAGAAGCUGCAUCAGACACUUCUGCACAGAUACUGGAAGAAUCUGAUUUGUCAGAUGUUCAGCAUGAUGUAGCUUCAGAAGUCUAUGAAGAAUUAAAUGGAGAAAUACCAUAUGGAAAUUCUGAAUGGACACAGGAUACUGCUUUGGAUCAGAAAAGUGUGACUGCUGCUUCUGGUGAGUCCUCCCAAAGACCUCUGGAACUUGGAGUAACUGCUACUGGAAAUCCUAAUUCAGGGUGCCUGGAACAGCACGAAGAGGUAGUGACUGCCUUUAACAGCCACCAAAACAUUUCGCUUCCAGAGGCCUUUGUCUCUCUUGAAACAUCUGGUUUCAAAACACGCAAACCUGCAGAUUUUCAGCAAACUCAGCAGGGUUAUAACUUAUUUUCUACACCAUCCUGUCAGCCUCAACAACACUGGAAUCUCAUGGCUCCCGCGUUUUAUCCACCCAGUGGAAGUCACAGUUUUGUGACUCCUGUGGCUGUCAGUCCGGGGCAGUGGAGACUUGUUUCAGACUAUAGGACUUCGGAAAAAGGACUUUUUUUCCACUCUCCAGUGGUUACAAAUGCCUGGGAUAGCAACCCUUCUCUGAAGGUAUGGGGAAAUCAAGAUAGAAACUCAAAAUUGAACCUCCCGCAAGCACAGCAGCCACCUGUUUGUCACAUGAUGAGAAAAAAGAUGCACCUUAUAGGUCAAGUACUUGUUCUUCUCAGAGGUGUUCCAGGAUCAGGAAAAUCGUAUUUGGCAAGGUAG